GUAUCACCCCUGAAUUUGUGUAUCUGGUGUUGAUUCCGACACACCCUCAAAAAUUACAAGUGACAGCUGCUUUCCCGUUAUUUCCUUUACCACUACCUUCUCAAAAGCGUUGAUGCUGUGCAUAUAUGGGUGAUCGACUUUAUACGAAUCGCACAACGUUAAUCUCAUUCUGUCUCGGAUUCUCGGGAAGUGCACUUGGAUUAGCGACUGCGCAAUGGGGAUUCCAAAACCACAUGGACGAACAAUUGUCGACAUGGCGCGAAGCCAUGCUACACAUGCGACGAAGACUUGAGAUUGGCGGCGGUGUUCCUUACCUUUUGCGUGACGAGGAAUUUGUGGCAUAUUGGGGUCAGCGUCCUAUGCCUCGAUAUCGAAGACGCGAAGCCCAACGUGAUGCAUUUAAACGAUGUUUGCAGCACGAAUGGAACUGUGGUGUACGCGCUACAGCAACUUCCUUGAGCAAUCUGCUUGCUAGACGCUAUGAAAAAUGAUCCAAGCCCGAAAAGCAAUGAUUUCAAUGUACAUUUUAUAAUAUCUAGUCUUCUUUGCUAGCUUGUACUAUAAUACUCCUAAAAGCAAAUGUAAAAUUAUACAUUUCACGACCCUCUCCUCCCGCCUCUUUAUGGUAAUCAUAGUAUUACCAGAGCCAUCCUCCUGGAAUGAUAAUUACAAGUGAUUAUCUAUCUAUAAUAAACUUCUCUAUUUGCUGAUUUCGG